CAUCACACAACCAUAUAAUUUAUAAUAGUAAUAAUAUAAUAAUAAUUAUAAUUAGCACACUUUUUUAUAAUAUAAUAAAUAAUCUAAUAUACAUAUACAUAUAAAUAUAAAUACAAAAUAAAUAAAUAAAUAAAUAAAUAUUUAUAAUUUUUUUAUAAAUAAUGAUCAAAAAAUUAUUAAUAUUAUUAUAUUAUUUUUUUAUAAUACAAAUAUUGCUAUUUAAUAGUGAAAAUGUGGUAAAUUCUCAACAGCCUUUUCCAUAUAAUACAACCAAGGGAUGCUCAAUGUAUGGUGUAAACUCAAGUUUUGUUGAGGAAAAGGAUUUCGAUCCAUUGUCAAACCAACAUAUAUCAAAACACACCUGUCAAUUCACACAUCCAGAAUAUUCAGAAUUAUCUUGUUGCAAUUAUGAUCAAACAAAAAUAUUAAAGGUUAAUAUGGAAAUAGCUCAAACUAUUUUUGGUAGAUGCCAGUCUUGUAUGAUCAAUAUCUAUAGUUUAUGGUGUGCAUCUUCUUGCAGUCCAUACCAAAGAUCAUUUAUGGUACCAACUAAAGUUGACAACAAAACAGAGCAAAUUUUAGAAAUAGAUUUUUAUUUACACCCUCACUUUGCAGUAGGCCUGUAUAAUUCAUGUAAAGAUGUUCAAACUAGUGGUUCACCAAAAUUUGGUGAAAUGUACAAAACUCCAAUGGAUUUUUUUAAAGGUUUGUUUUCACCACCUAAUAACCCUACCUUUCAAGCUUUAAAUUGGAUUUUCGAUGAAAAAGGCUAUGAUGCAGAAAUUUUACCGUGUUCCGAAAGAUGUUCAUGUGAUCAAUGUAGCGACGCAUGUAUUCCGCCCCCAUCUUACAAAGAUUUGGGUUUAUUAAAUAGUACGAUACCACAGUCACACUUAAAUAUAGAAAUACCAUAUGUUACUGUUUGGAUUGUAUGGAUAUUUUUACUAUUCUUAUUAUCUUUACUAUUAGGUUCAACUGCAUGGCUAAUAUUCAAAUAUGUAAUAAAGAAUAAUUAUUUUUCUAAUCGUUCCUUCAAAAUUAUAGUAAUUUCAAUUUUAUCAUUAAUCUUUAUCAGUACAAUAUUGAUACCAUUUUUAUCAACUGGCGAUGUUUUAUUACACGACCAAACCUCCUGUUUAUGGGAAAUGGAAAACGGAAACCAAUGGAACUGCACAUUUGCGCUAGGAAUAGCUCUUUAUGUUAUUUUUUCACUAUUAAUACUUUCAAUUGUUAUAAUAGCAUGUAUAAUUAUUGAUAAAAAUAAAAGACUACAAAAUAAUAAUAGACUACCAUUACCAAUAAAUAAUAGAGGCAUAAACAAUAGCGAUUCAGAUUCAGAUUUAUCACCCGUUAUUAGAUCAAAUAAUAUUCAAGAAGAUUAUGAUAAUGGAUCAUCAAUCAGAGAUAAUAAUUAUUUUAGAGAGCCUCGAAUUCAAGAUGAACAAUUUAAGUUUUCAAAUUUUAUUCAGAAGUUUUUCUAUUGGUAUGGAAUUAAGGUCACAUCUAAGCCAAUUUUAGUUUUAAUUCUUUGUCUAGUUUUUACUGCUUGUAUUGGUAUAGGCAUAAUGAAAUUAAGAAUUGAAGAAGAUCCUGUUAAGCUAUGGGUAUCCCCUCAAAGUAGAUCAGCUCAAGAGAAAGCAUUUUUUGACGAAAACUUUGGUCCAUUCUAUAGAGUCCAACAAAUGAUCAUUACACCAAAAGAUACUAAGAAAUAUCCAUCAGUUCUUUAUAAAGAUCUUUUAACCGAGUUAAUUACAAUGGAACUAGAGUUGAUGUCAUUAUCAACUGUUUAUAAAGGAAAAAAUGUUACACUAGAUACAUUGUGCUUCGAACCUACAAAAAAGGGAUGCUUGGUUGAAAGUGUCAGUGCAUAUUGGCAAAGAAGCUUAAAGGUAUUAGAAACCACAACAAAUAUAACCGACUAUUUCAUUAAUUGCCAAUCAAAUCCAUUACUUCCGAGCUGUAUGGAUACUAUCGGAACACCAGUAUUACCAAAGGUUGUGUUGGGUGGCUGGAAAGAAGAAGCAUAUCAAGCAAAAGCUUUUGUUGUUACUUUUCUUUUAAACAACCCAAAUUCAAUGGUAGACACAGCAAUGGCAUGGGAAAAUGUUUGGAUUGCAAAGGUUCAAGAGUACACACAAAACAAAACAUCUCUAUUUUAUAUCACAUACAAUGCACAAAGAUCUGUUCAAGACGAAUUAUCACGUGAAAGUGAAGCUGAUAUUCCAACAAUUAUCAUCAGUUACUCUGUAAUGUUUUUAUAUAUCUCCUUAGCUCUCGGAAGCUACUAUCCAUUCCCACGUAGAUUUUCAUCAUUCUUUGUACGUUCAAGAUUUGCAUUGGGCUUGUCUGGAAUCGUUAUUGUAGCCUGCUCAAUUAUUAUUUCUGUUGGUAUCUGUUCAAUUUUAAAUAUUCAUGCAACUCUAAUUAUCUCGGAAGUUAUCCCAUUCUUGGUAUUGGCCAUUGGUGUAGAUAAUAUAUUUAUUAUUGUAAAUACUUUUGAAUCGAUUCAUAUUACAAGAUAUAGUCCAAGUGGUCAACAAAUUAAUCCAAUUCCUGAGGAAUCAUUAGCCAAAACUCUAUCACAGGUUGGUCCAUCAAUUGCCUUAGCAUCUCUUAGUGAAUCACUAGCAUUCCUUUUAGGUUCCCUUACGAAUAUGCCUGCAGUCCAAGCUUUUUCAUUUUAUGCAUCAAUCGCAGUUUUCUUUGAUUUUCUUUUGCAAAUUACCGCAUUUUCCUGCCUACUUGUUUUGGAUUGCAAACGUACACAAUCUAGAAGAAUCGAUUGCUUCCCAUGUAUUAGACUAAAUGAUACAGAAAACUCUGACGAUGAAGAUGAAAAGAAGCCACUUUUCAAUGAAGAGGAUGAAAAUGGGCUACUAGAAGAUUCAGAUGCUUUGAAUGUAGUGGAUGGUAUUAUACCAAGAAAUCAACAAGUAAAACCAAUUAAAAAGAAAUCAACAUUGCUUCAAGUUUUAUUUAAAAAAUAUUAUGCUCCAUUUUUAAUGAACCCAUUGGUUAAACUAUUUGUAGUUAUCAUCUUUGUUGCCAUGCUUUUAACAAGUAUCAAUUAUUCCUAUCAAAUUACAUUGGGAUUAGACCAAAGAAUAGCAUUACCCAGAGAUAGUUAUUUACAAGGUUACUUUACCCAAAUGAAUAAAUAUUUGGAAGUAGGUCCCCCAAUGUAUAUAGUUUCAAGAGGUGGCUACGAUUUUUCAAAUGUCUCUGUUCAAAAUGAAUUUUGUACAAUAGGUGGGUGCAACAAUAACUCUGUAGUAAAUUUAUUUAACGGUGCUCCUUAUAUUACAAGUGGUAUCUCCAGUUGGCUAGACGAUUAUUUAUCAUGGACCCAAAUCCAAUCUUGUUGCUAUGCUUAUGAGAAUGGUACUUUUUGUAAUGGUGACCCUUCAUGUAAACCAUGCUUCUCUAUCAACGAUAAUGGAAGACCUUCGCCAGAUCUAUUCUAUAAAUACCUCCCAGAUUUUAUUGGAUCCCCUAACACAGAUCAGUGCCCAUUAGCCGGUUUCGCCUAUACGUCUGAUGUAAACUACAAAGAUGGUAAAAUACUUGCAUCCCGUUUUGAUGGCUAUUUAACACCACUUAGAACUCAAAAUGACUUUAUCAAUGCACUCAAAACAGUUAGAUAUAUUUCAGAUCAUUCAAAUAUGGAUAUUUUCUCUUACUCAAUUGUAUUCACCUUUUUCGAACAAUAUUUAACAAUUGAACAGGUGGCACUAAAAACUAUUUUGUUGGCUUUGGCGGGUGUCUUUUUGGUUAGCUUAGUACUACUAAUGAAUGUAGUGGUUGCUCUAUUAGUUGUUAUUUCUGUUGGUCUAUGUGUUGUCAAUCUACUCGGUGUUAUGACUCUUUGGAACAUAAGCUUAAAUGCAAUUUCAGUUGUAAACAUUGUAAUGGGAAUUGGUAUUGCAAUUGAAUUCAGUGUCCAUAUUGCUUUCAAAUAUAUAAAGGCUCCAGAUCACUUCAGUAGAAAUAAGAGAGUACGUUAUUCAAUUAGCGAAAUGGGUAGCUCAAUUAUAAAUGGCAUUUUCUUUACCAAACUUUUAGGUGUAUCAGUUUUAGGUUUUAGCAACUCUGAGAUUUUCGUGGUUUAUUAUUUCAGACAAUAUAUGGCCAUUAUCAUUUUAUCAGCUCUUCACGGUUUAGUAUUAUUACCAGUUUUACUUUCUCUCAUCAAUCACAGAAUUUUCUCUUUUAAUAAAUUUUGCAAAAAAAAUAAUUAAUUAUUUAUUUUUUUUUAAUUAAAUAAAAAUAAAUAUAUUAAUUUAAAUUUAAAUCAAAUAGUAUAUUUCUUUAGUAACAAUAUAUAAUUAUUACAAAUAAAUAUAACAAUUUAUAAAAAAAAAUUCUUUUAAUAAAUUAAUAGUUUUUUUU